AUGAAUACACCACAAACAAAAGAACAAAAAGUAGUCAAAGAACUUACAGCAGAAGAAAUAGAAAAGAAAAAAAGAAGAGAAGAAAUGAAAAAAGCAAAAAAUGCAGCAAAAAAUGAAAAAUUUAAGAAGAAACAAGAAGCACAACAACAACAAAAGAAUAAUUUAGGAAAAACAAAGAAAGAAAAUAAAAAACAAAUAAAAGAAAAAGAAGAAAUUAAAUUUAAUAAAACAAAUAAAGGAGAAAAGAAAAAAGUUAUUGAACCAAUGCCAAAUACAUAUAGUCCUAAAUAUGUUGAAGAAGGAUGGUAUGAAUGGUGGGAAAAAGAAGGAUUUUUUAAACCAGAAUAUUCAAGUAAAAGUGGAAAAAAAUUUGUUAUGGUUAUUCCACCACCUAAUGUUACAGGAAAAUUACAUUUAGGACAUGCAUUAACAAAUUCUAUUCAAGAUACAAUAGUUAGAUAUCAUAGAAUGAAAGGAGAUGAAACAUUAUGGGUUCCAGGAGUAGAUCAUGCAGGAAUUGCUACACAAGUAGUUGUAGAAAAAAAAUUAAUGAGAGAACAAGGAGUUACAAGACAUGAUAUUGGAAGAGAAAAAUUUUUAGAAGAAGUUUGGAAAUGGAAAGAAGAAUAUGGAAAAGGAAUUUGUAAUCAAUUAAGAAGAUUAGGAAGUUCAUUAGAUUGGAGUAGAGAAGUAUUUACAAUGGAUGAAAAAAGAGGAGAAGCAGUUAAAGAAGCAUUUUGUAGAUUUUAUGAAAAAGGAUUAUUAUAUAGAGAACAAAAAUUAGUUAAUUGGUGUUGUACACUUAAAACAGCUAUUUCAGAUAUAGAAGUAGAAUAUAUAGAUGUUUGUAAACCAACAGAAAUAAAUGUUCCAGGAUAUGAAAAACCUAUUAUAUUUGGAAAUUUACAUGAAUUUGCAUAUCCAUUAGUUAAUCCAAAAACAGGAAAAGAUGAAGGAGAAAUUUUAAUUGAUACAACAAGAAUUGAAACAAUGUUAGGAGAUGUUUGUGUUUGUAUUCAUUCAAAAGAUGAAAGAUAUAAAAAAUAUCAUGGAUGGUCAGUUAGACAUCCAUUUAAUGGAAAAAUAUUACCAAUUAUUGAAGAUGAUGAAUUAGUAGAUAUGGAAUUUGGUACAGGAUGUGUUAAAGUAACACCAGCACAUGAUCCAAAUGAUUAUAAUGUUGCAAUUAGACAUAAAUUAAAAAUUAUUAAUAUUUUAAAUGAUGAUGGAACUAUGAAUCAAGAAUGUGGAGAAUUUGAAGGAAUGAAAAGAUUUGAAUGUAGAGAAGUAAUAAUAGAAAAAUUAAAAGAAAAAGGAUUAUAUAAAGGAGUUAAAGCAUCAGCAAUGAGAGUACCAAUUUGUUCAAGAAGUCAUGAUAUUAUUGAACCAAGAAUUAAACCACAAUGGUGGGUAAAUUGUAAAGAUAUGGCAAAAAGAGCAGUAGAAGCAGUAAGAAAAGGAGAAUUAAAAAUAUAUCCAAGUGAAAUGGAAAAUGUAUGGUAUAGAUGGUUAGAAAAUAUUCAUGAUUGGUGUAUUUCAAGACAAUUAUGGUGGGGACAUAGAAUUCCAGCAUAUUUAAUAAAAAAUAAAAAAGAAAAAGAAACAAAUGAAUUUGAUAUGAAAAAUUGGGUUGUUGCAAGAAGUGAAGAAGAAGCAAAAAAGAAAGCAGCAGAAAUAAAAGGAGUAAAUAUUGAAGAUAUUGAAUUAAAACAAGAUCCAGAUGUAUUAGAUACAUGGUUUUCAUCAGGAUUAUUCCCAUUUAGUGUUAUGGGAUGGCCAGAAAAAACAAAAGAUUUAGAAAAAUAUUUCCCAGGAGAAUUAUUAGAAACAGGAAAUGAUAUUAUAUUCUUUUGGGUAGCAAGAAUGGUUAUGAUGUCAUUAGAACUUAUGAAUUGUUUACCAUUUAAAGAAGUAUUAUUCCAUUCUAUUGUAAGAGAUGCACAAGGAAGAAAAAUGUCAAAAUCAUUAGGAAAUAUUAUUGAUCCAAUUGAUGUUAUAGAAGGAAUUUCAUUACAAGGAUUAAAUGAAAAAUUAUAUACAUAUAAUUUACCAGAAAAAGAAUGUAUUCUUGCAACAGAAGGACAAAAAAAAGAUUUUCCUAAUGGAAUUGAAGAAUGUGGAACAGAUGCAAUGAGAUUUGCAUUAUUAGCAUAUAUGACACAAGGACAUGAUAUUAAUCUUGAUAUUAAUAGAGUUGUUGGAUAUAGAAAUUUCUGUAAUAAAUUAUGGAAUGCAUUUAAAUUUUCAAGUAUGAAUUUUAGAAAAGAUUUUAAACCACAAGAAAAAUUUGAAAUUAAAAAAACAAAUAGUAGACUUGAUCAAUGGAUUUUACAUAGAUUAAAUGUUAUGAUUACAUUAGUUCAUCAAUGGUUUAAAAAUUAUGAAUUUGGAAAUGCUACACAAGCUAUAUAUUCAUUUUGGUUAUAUGAUUUUUGUGAUGUUUAUUUAGAAGCAUCAAAAGUUAUAUUUAAAGGACCUGAUAAUGAAAGAAGAAGAGCUUCAGAAGAUGUUUUAUAUAAUGUCAUUGAAAUUGGAUUAAGAGUUCUUCAUCCAUUUAUGCCAUUUAUUACAGAAGAACUUUGGCAAAGAUUACCAAGAAGAAAUAAUAAUGAAAUAUCAAUUAUGGUAUCAAGUUAUCCUGAACCAAUUAAUGAAUUUAAUAAUCCAUCUUUAGAUGAAGAAAUUAAAUAUAUUUAUACUAUUAUUAAAGGAAUAAGAUCACUUAAUGGAAUUUAUUCACAAGCUAUUAUUUCAUCUAAACAAAAACCAAAGUGUACUAUUGUCACUCAAAGAGAUUUGGAAGGUUAUGAAAUUAUCAUUAGUAGUUUAGCUGGUAUUGGUGAUGUAAACAUUGUCAAGGAUGGAAUUUACAAAGGAUCCCCAAUGCAUGUCAUCGAUAAUUCUACAAGAUUAUACUCUCAUUUGGAAGGAAUCAUUGACUAUAAACAAGAAGCACAACGAUUAGCUGCAAAGAAACAACAAAUGGAAAAAUCCUUAAAAGAUCUUGACUUAAAAAUUAAUGAUGUUCAUUUCGUUAAAACACCUGAAGACGUUAAGAAAACAAUUUUAGAAAAGAAACAAUCAUUAAUUGAAGAAAUCAAUUUAAUCAAUCAAGCACAAAAUGAAUGCUUGGAAAUGCUUCAUUAA